AUGGCUUUUGAUCUCAAGCGAAUACUGUAUCUUCUUGCCGUCUUCUCCCUCCCCUUGCUCGCCGUCGCCGCGGACUGUGAGUGCCAGCCCAGCGACGAAGGCCACGACAAGGGUAAGUCUAGGACGCUCAAGAUCAUCGCCAUCUUCUGCAUCCUCGUAGGAAGCUCAGCGGGAUGCGCCAUCCCAUCGCUCGGCCGGAGGUUCCCGGCGCUCAGGCCGGAUACGAACUUCUUCUUCGCCAUCAAGGCCUUCGCCGCCGGCGUCAUCCUCGCCACGGCAUUCGUUCACAUCCUCCCGGUGUCCUUCGACAAGCUCGGCUCGCCGUGCCUCACCUCCGGGCCGUGGAGGAAGUACCCGUUCACCGGCCUCGUCGCCAUGCUCGGCGCCGAAGCCACCCUCCUCAUCGACACGAUCGCCACGGGCUACUUCCAGCGCGUGCAGGACAGCCGCGCCGCCGCCGCGGCUGUCGUCGUCGGGUGCCCGGACGCGACGCCGCACCACGACCAUGAGCUCGGCGGCCACGCGCACGGCGUGUCCGCCGCGAUCGCGUCGGCCACUAUGCACAACGGCGCCGCCGACUGCGACGCCGAUGACCGCGCAAAGCUCACCCGCCAUCGCGUCAUCUCGCAGGUGUUGGAGCUUGGGAUCAUAGUGCAUUCGAUUAUCAUCGGGAUUUCACUAGGUGCAUCCGAGAGCCCCAGCACGAUCAGACCACUCGUGGCCGCUCUAACAUUUCAUCAGUUCUUCGAAGGGAUAGGACUUGGAGGAUGCAUCGUUCAGGCCAGGUUCCGUCUCAAGUCCACGGUGACAAUGGCGAUCUUCUUCUCGAUCACCACGCCACUUGGGAUCGUGAUUGGCAUCGGCAUCUCCUCUGCUUACAACGAGAAUAGCCCCACGGCCCUGAUCGUCGAGGGCCUCCUCGACGCGGCGGCCGCCGGAAUCCUCAACUACAUGGCCCUGGUCGACCUUCUGGCCGAGGAUUUCAUGAACCCUAGGGUGCACAAGAGUGGAAUGCUGCAGCUCCUCAUCAGCGUCUCGCUGCUGGUCGGGACGGCUUUGAUGUCCUUGCUUGGUAUUUGGGCCUGAAAAACUUAAGGAAAUACUCCUCCAUCGUAUAAUGUAAGAGGUUUGACCUUUUUGCUUGUAAUGUUUGAUCAUUUGUCUUAUUUAAAAAUU